AGUGAGAUGCAUAAUGUCUUGAUUUUGGUCACUGAAGGCCCAAAUGGAGAAGAAACGGCCCGCAAGCAAAGAUGCCACGCUAGCUUUGAUCUUUCAACCAACCAAUUCGGUUCUUUCUUCCUUUUUUUUUUGUUAAACCGACGAACCUUCCUCUCCCACACUCUUGUCCAGGGCAGUUGUCUCUUUCUACCCAUAGUAAAGUUCUUUCCUUUACUCAUUUACGCAUAUACUUUCCCCAUCCUUCUCUCCAUAUGAAUAGUUUUUCUUCCCCGAUUAAUCAUCACCGCUAUGAUGGAUCGUAUCGUUUUGUUCCUAAUCUUCGUUUUCUUCCUCUUUUCAGAAGUUGAGCCGAUUUCGUUCAAGAUCAUCAACCGGUGCCGGAGUACGAUAUGGCCCGGUCUGCUUUCCGGCGCCAACACGGCUCAGCUACCCACCACCGGCUUUGCUCUCCCGAGCGGGAAAUCCCAGACGGUCACAAUACCGGUGUCGUGGUCGGGCCGGGUCUGGGCCCGAACCAUGUGUUCCCGGGACCGGAGUUCGGGCUCCUUCGUCUGCUUGACCGGAGACUGCGGUUCCGGGAAGGUGGAGUGCGGCGGAUCCGGGGCCAAACCGCCGGCGACCUUGGCCGAGUUCACGCUCAACGGAGCCGGAGGACUGGAUUUCUACGACGUGAGCUUGGUGGACGGUUACAAUCUGCCGAUGCUGAUCCUGCCGAAGAAGACAGUGGUGGGAGGGUGGGGCGCGACGGGAUGCCUCGUUGACCUGAACGGGGCGUGCCCGAGAGAGCUGAGGGUGGUGGCGCGUGGGAGCAACAACGGAUCGAGGGGCGUGGCGGGAGUAGCGUGCCGGAGCGCGUGCGAGGCCUUCGGGGACCCUGAGUACUGCUGCAGCGAGGCGUACUCGACGCCGGACGUGUGUCGGCCGUCGGUAUACUCUCUCUUCUUCAAGCACGCUUGCCCUCGCUCUUACAGCUACGCCUACGACGACAAGACAAGCACUUACACUUGCGCCUCCGGUGCCGACUACGUCAUCACCUUCUGCCCUCCGCCGUAUACAAGCGAGAAGGUGUUAGGGACGAGGAGGGACGGGGCAGCGGUGCCGCUGGUGAACAAGAGCAUGAUACACUUACGCGGAGGAAGCCUCACUCGUCUCCCCAGCCCAUGCCUUCCUGUUGUCCUCUGUCUUCUCACUCUUCUUCUUCCUCUGCCUGCCAGAUAACACUUUCAUAGAAGAUGAUCCCACUGCAUUUGGGGCUAUGUAUACUUGUCUGUAAUUUGUUACCCAUUCAUGGAUUGAAAUCACAGGGAACUCCAAUGACUCCCAUCCCAUCAUUUGGUCAACGAGGCACUGUUUGUUU